CAUGUUCAAUCUGUUUACUCAGAAGCAUUGUGAAUCUCUCCCCAUAGCUGCUGCUUUUCUUUACGAAAAUAAAAAUAAACAAUGUAAGUUAAUAUUUAGCUUUCCUUGCUCUUUUUAUUUUAGGAGCCACCGUACUAAGUCUUGGUUUGGUUUGGCAGCUUGUAAGUCAGCAGCCAUGUUUGCAGCCCUCUUCAUUUUGGGGAUUGUUAGUCUGGCGCAUACUGUUCUUACUCUUCCAGUCUGUCCUAGGCCACCUGCAAUACCAUUUGCUUCCAUCACUGUAGCCAAGGCAGAAUACAAUCUUGGAGAAGAAAUUACAUACAAUUGUCAGUCUGGAUAUGUUUUUCAAUCAGGCUCAAGGAAAUAUAUCUGCCCUUUGACUGGCAAAUGGCCAUCUGUGUCCCUGAGAUGUAUACCAAGGAAAUGUCCCCACCCUGGACCCUUGAAGAAUGGAAAUGUACAUUUGACAGACCUUAGCUAUCAGAAUUUUGUAGAUUAUUCAUGUGAUUCAGGGUAUAUUUUACAAGGACAUAAAACCAGCCAAUGCCUGGCAGAUGGGCAAUGGAGUGCAAAGCUUCCUGAAUGUCAGCCUGUGAUUUGUCUUCCGCCACCAGUUUCUGAGUUUUCAGUCCUUUCUUUCCAAAGACUUAAGCCAGGAAACACAUCAGUCUUCCAAGAUCAAAUCAAAUUUGAAUGUUUAUUGCCUUAUGCCCUGUUUGGAAAUGAAACAGCUGUCUGUCAGGCUGAUGGCAACUGGAGUGCACUUCCAGAAUGCAGAGCUGUGCAAUGUCCACGGCCAGAAGGCAUUGAAAAUGGAUAUAUAGAUUUGCUUCUUCGUAGACCAUAUAAUUAUCGAGAAACUGUGACCUAUGGUUGUAAUCCAACAUAUGUGCUAGAUGGACCUGCAGAAUCCAGAUGUGAGAAGACAGGCCAGUGGUCAGCAAAACCAACUUGCAGAGCUCCAUGUACAAUUCCUGUCAAAAGAGCAACUGUGCUUUACAACAAUCAGAAAGUCAAGAUGCAAGACCAUCUCAAGAACGGAAUACAACAUGCUGAGAUCAUUGAGUUUUUCUGUAAAAAUAAAGAACUCUCCUGUAGUUAUACAUCACCUGCUGAGUGUGUAGAUGGCAAUUUUACAGUUCCUGCCUGUUUCAAAGUUGUACUUACUUAUAGCUCAAGAAACCAAAGUACUGAGUUUGGACUCAUUUUAUCAGCUUGCAAUUUAGCAGUCAUGUCUCCAGCCCUCCUCAUCUUAGGGAUUGUAGCUCUCGUUCAUUGUGUCUUUGCAGCCCACGCAAAAAAAUGCCCUGACCCUGGACUCUUGAAGAAUGGAAAUAUACAUUUUACAGAUUUCAGCUACCCACAUUUUAUAAACUUUUCAUGUGAUCCUGGGUAUAUUCUUCAAGGACCUAACACCAGCCAAUGCCUGAAAAAUGGGCAAUGGAGUGCUAAGCUUCCUAAAUGCCAACCUGUGAUUUGUCCUCCACCUCCAGUUUGUGAAUUUUCAGUCCUUUUGUACCACAGACUUAAGCCAGGAAACAUAUCAGUCUUCCAAGACGAAAUCAAAUUUGAAUGUUUAUUGCCUUAUGCCCUGUUUGGAAAUGAAAUAGCUGUCUGUCAGGCUGAUGGGAAAUGGAGUGCAGUACCAGAAUGCAGAACUGUGGAAUGUCCACGACCAGAAGGUAUAGCCAAUGGAUACAUAUAUUUGCUUCUUCGCAGAGCAUAUCAUUACAAAGAAACUGUGACCUAUGGCUGUAAUCCAACAUAUGUGCUGGAUGGACCUGUAGAAUCCAGAUGUGAGAAGACAGGCCAGUGGUCAACAAAACCUACCUGCAGAGCACCAUGUGCCAUUCCUGUCAAAAGAGCCACUGUGUUAUACAACAGUCAGAAAGUAAAAGUGCAAGAGCACCUCAAGAAUGGAGUACAACAUGCGGAGAUCAUUUGGUUUUUCUGUAAAAAUAAAAAACAACACUGUAGUUAUAAAGUACCUGCUCGGUGUAAUGAUGGCAAGUUCACAGUCCCUGCCUGCUUCAAAGACCAGCGGAUUCAAUUGUUCUGGAAAACAGACGUAGCAGACCUACCACCAUGUGAAACCAUUAACUGAAGAGGCUAUUUCUGUCUAUUGGUAAAAGAAGAAGUGCAUAAGAGGAGCACACAAUUCACUCCUGCAUUACACCAACCUGCAAUUACAGGGAUAUCACCACCAGCAGAUUCUACACAGGCUUUUAGAAAUAAUUAUGCUGACUUUACAUUUAGGCUGCAUAAUUUUUGUUAUAGUUUUCCUUUAUAGUACAUCUCAAGAUAUAUACAUUUAACUUUCUUAAAAGAAACAAGUGUGUAGAGCAGUCAUGGGCAAACCCAGGCUCAUGGGCCGAAUGUGGCUUUUUGGGUUCUUCUCUCCGGCCCCCACCUGCCUCAGUUCUCCCCAGGCCGAAAGGAGGGAGAGGCAGAGACACAAUGCUGCCAAGCACUCUUCAGAGAGUGCUCAGCAGCAGGGUGUCUCUUCUUUCUCUCAGCCUGUGGAAGGCAGGCCGCAUUCCCCAGGCUGACCAGAGAGCCAGGAGAGAAACGCACUGCUGCCGAGAGCUCUCUACAGUGGCGUGUCUCCUCCUCCUCCCUGCCUGGGGACACCAAGGACCACUGUGUAUCCAGGCUAGAGAAGCACCCUCCUUCCAGCUGCCCCCCUCGUACCAAACGCCUCCUGCACCAAAUACCACCCUCUCUGCACCAACUGCCACCUGUGCCACCCCCUCACCAAACAUCCCCAGCCCGUGCCAACUGCCAUUCACCUCCCCCUGCCCCCUCCCGGGUAGCCUGGCCCACCCUGGCCUGCAAUGCAGCCCCCACCCAAAAAUGUUUGCCCAUGCUUGGUAUAGAGAGGAAUUUCAAAUGAAUUUGUGUUACAAAUAGACAAUCUUAUAAUGUCACACUGGUUUGCUAAUAUUUUUUUCAACAACAACAACUCUUUAUUGAUUAGUCAAUUUUGAUCAUAUCAAAACAUGUGAAACAUACAAAACAUACACUUACCCAUAUAUACAGUAAAACCAUGUAAAACCAUGUAUAGAUACAAAGCAUCCCGGCCUACUAGCCUACCAACCCACUCCUAAGUAGUUGUGCAAAUACAAAAUAAAAAGAUUAAAAUUAAAAUUAAUUAUUCCCUUAAGGUAAGGUUUAAGCGGGGGCAAGGGUAAGUAAAACUAGUGGCUUGUCCAUAGUAAAUUUUAAAUUUGGGUUUUGUUAUUGGCCUCUGUUUAAGGAGCUCCACUGGCUGCCGUUUGUUUUCCGGGCCCAAUUCAAGGUGCAGGUUAUCACCUACAAAGCCCUAAACGGUUUGGGACCCACCUACCUUAGAGACCGCAUCUCCCCCUAUGAACGCGCACGUUCUCUUCGCUCUUCGGGGGAGGCCCUCCUCUCGCUCCCACCACCUUCGCAGUUGCGGCUGGUGGGGACGAGAGAGAGGGCUUUCUCCGCUGUGGCCCCCCGCCUCUGGAACUCACUCCCGAGGGAGAUUAGACAGGCCCCCACCCUCCUUGCCUUUCGAAAAAGCCUUAAAACCUGGCUUUUCCAGAGGGCCUUCGACGACUAAUUUUUGGGGGUUGAUUUGUCUGCCCAUUUAAUUUAAUUAGAGAGUGUUCUGCCAUGAUUAUUGAUACCUUGCUGAAUACUUCUGCCACGAAGCUACAGAAGCCCUCUAUUUCGGCCUAGAACUGUUUUAUCUCCUUGUUUUUAACAUGUGAUGUAUGUAUUGAUUGUAUGACUGCUUUUCAUGUUUGAUUUUACAAUGUGUAAUUUGUCACUGUUUUUAUUAUUGUUGUGAGCCGCCCUGAGUCCCCUCGGGGAGAUGGGGCGGGAUAUAAGAAUAAAUUUAUUAUUAUUAUAUUAUUAUUAAUAUCACAGCUGUCCGCUUCCAUCUUCUUGCGGAUGGCCAGCGCUUUUUGUGGCGAAGUUGGAAUCUUUCUACCAAUACCAGAUCUUGAUUCCCCCCAUAUUUCAGCUCCAUACAAAGCAAUGAGGGACACCUCAGCCUUAAGAACAUUCAGGAAGGGACGCAAAGAUCCUGGGUAAUUGUGGUUACAUAAUUUAUGAAUUGCCUGCACGGCAUUAUCAGCUUUUGCAAUACUUAAUUUUAGGUGUAGGGACCAUGUCCCAGAUGCCGCAUAAUGUAGACCUAAUAUUUAAAUGUCCUCACUUGUUCCACUUUGUGCCCAUCAAGGAGCCAGUUGUAAACCUUAGUUUUCUUGCCAAAGAUCAUUAUUUUGGAUUUUUCUUUAUUUGUGGUGAGGGUGUUUUCAGUACAGAAUAGCUAAGUUUUUGCAGGGACCUCCUUAACCCAACUGGGGUGGAAAGGUUUGCUAAUAUGAUAAUUGUUACAUUUCUCUUCUUUUAUACUUGCUCCACGUAUUUCCUUUCUGAUAUAACCAUGGUAUUGACCAACAACCCAUGAAAAUAUUUCUUGGGUGUUCAAAUUUACAUUGUUUAAUAUUGCAUUUCUUAUACAUUUCAGAUUAAAUUUGGUAAACAUUG